AUGCCACCCAGAGACAAUCGUAGCGGCCGUCGCAGCCCGAGACAAGUCCCGAGCGGAAGCAUACGCAAAGAAGCACGGAAUUCCAAUCGUGCAUUCAAAUUACGAAGCAUAGACGCGAUCUACAUCUCCCUCCCAAAUGCCUACCACUACGAAUGGGCAAUGAAAGCCCUUCGUGCAAAAAAGCACGUUCUUCUCGAAAAGCCACCCUGUUCAAACGCGACGGAAGCGCAGUCUCUCUUCACAUACGCAAAAAACAACAAGGAUAUUGUUCUCCUUGAAGCAUUCCACACGCACUUUCACCCGGCUUGGCAAACUUUCAUGUCAUUAGUGCAUGAUUCUCCUAACGCAGGCCAAAUUCGUUCUGCUAGUGCCGCACAAUAUUUACCUAAAUAUGGAUUCGGCGCUAAUGAUAUUCGCUGGCGCUUUGAUCUCGCAGGCGGGUGUAUGAUGGAUUUUGGAACGUAUCCUAUGAGUAUAUUGAGAAAUGUUCUGAGAGAGGAGCCGCAAUCGGAGCAGUUAUCUGCCAGAGCGCGAAUUGUGGAAUUUUCUUCGAUUAUAAACAGGGAAGAAGUAGACGAGGCGAUGCAGUUCUUGAGAGGGUAUAUUCCCAGUUUUGGUUUGCCAAAAUGUGAAGUUGAAUGCUUGGAAAGAGAAAUUGAGUCUUCUGAGUACUCUGGGAGGGUAGAGAGCUGUAUUGAUUCCGGUACCUGUUUUAUGAAGAGAAAGGUUACGUUUUGGAAUUAUCUUAUGCCGAGUAUCUACCAUCGGAUUGAUGUUGAGGAUGAGUAUGUGGUUCGGGAAGGUGGUGAAAUUUUGAAAAGUUGGAACGAUGUUCAACAUAUGAAUGCUUAUACAUGGGCAAAAGGAGAUGGAGGUGAGACUGGGAGGGAAGAGGAUUGGUGGACAAGUUACUCUUAUCAGUUGGAGGAAUUUGUGAAUCGAAUCAAGAGGAGAAAGGGAUCGGGCGUUUGGGUCGAUGGCGAGGAAAGCAUGCAGCAGAUGGAGGCUAUUGAUUUGGUCUACAAGAAGGCGGGUAUGAGUGUAAGACCGUCAACUGGAUUUCAGCUGUAA